GGUCUCUUGAGUCGGCCAGAGGUGAUGCUGCAGCGUAUAUGUUCAGGCAGUGAUGAUGAGAGUCAAAACGACGUGAGAGGGACGUUAUUUCUACACUGCGUGUGUGGCAGUCAGUUUUUGAGGAAGUCGAGUAACUGAAGAAAAUGGACGGCAUAUGUCCGGCUAUGCUUUGAUGACUUGUAUCUGCAUCAACGACGAAAAUGGAAGCUAUUCCUUCAAGUCGGUGUUGGUGGAGAUGGAUCGAGCAGCGACAAAUCUACACUGAAACGACCGACGCGAUGCUAGCUUAGCUUGCUCUUUGAUGUUUGUUCCUCCGACACAUAGCGUUACCAUUCAGGUUAUAAUUAUUUUAUACACGGCGAUCAAAACUUUUCAGUCGUCCUUGUUCGAUUUUCCCAAUUCGGUUGGUCUACACUGAUGUAAACUCGAACGGUUAACUUUGCCAGGUGACAAUUAGCGUCUUGCUACAUUAGUUAGCUGACUUUAGAAGUGGCUAUUAGCGUUUUCAAUAGCCAAAAUAAGUAGAGCUAGUUAACGUAACGUUAGCCCAAAAGGCAGUGAAGACAUAUGGUGGCGUUACAUAGUGUUCAUGACGGUGACUAACCUAACCAGCCUAGUUUGUUAGAUAUCUGUUAAUAUGAAAUAAACGUUAAUAACGUUAAGCUGUUUUCAAUCUUUUGUUCUGACAAAAAGGACAAACUAGUUGAUGGAUUUACCUGCACCUUUACAAUUAGUGUAUUUUGAAUUUCGAAAUUAAAUGUAAAGCAUCAUUCCAUGCGUUUGCAUUUGCUCUACUAGAUAACGUUCAAAUAUCAAAAUCAAAAUCUUGCUUGAUAGGUUGAUCAGGAACUUUUAAAACGUCCACUUCACCGAGUGAGACUGAGGAAAGAGACAGCAUGUGACAUUUCAGGCAAUUUACUGUUAAAAUUUAUAGAUAUAUAAAUAUAUAUAUAUGUGUGUAUGUAGGCGAAAAUGUGUUAAGUUAGGACAGGAGAAUUGGCACAUAAUCUAAUAAAUCUUCCAUCAGGUGUAGCUCGUAACUACCAGACAUGCGACUUUCCUCCUUUUUGGCCGUGUUCAGGCCUGCUUUACCCCUUAUCCUCGGGCUGUCCUUGGGAUGUAGUCUUAGCCUUUUGAUGGUGUCCUGGACACAAGGGGAUGCCGAUGAGUCCUGUAGGGAUGAACUGGUCAAUGGAAGGCUUUUCCUGGGCAGAGGAGACACCCAGAGAGACUCUAGGGACGGAGCUGGAGAUGAAGACUUUCAGCCACGUAUUGUGCCCUAUCACAAGGACCCAAACAAGCCUCACAAGAAAGUCCUUAGAACUCGAUAUAUUCACACUGAACUGGGCAUCAGAGAGCGACUGCUGGUGGGUGUAUUGACUUCACGGGCCACCCUCAACACGCUGGCCGUGGCGGUGAAUCGCACAGUUGCCCACCACUUCCACCGCACCUUCUUCUUCACGGGCCUACGCAGCCCAAAGGUGCCCCACGGCAUGACUGUGGUUGCGCACGGUGAUGAUCGUCCAGUGUGGCUCAUGUACGAGACAGUGCGCCACCUCCAUCAGCACUAUGGCUCAGACUAUGACUGGUUCCUCUUAGCCCAGGAUGACACUUACAUGCAAGCUGACCGUCUGUCAGAGCUGGUGGGCCACCUCAGUGCAGGUCAGGAUCUGUAUAUGGGCAGGGCGGAGGAGUUUAUCGGUGGAGAGGAGAAGGCACGCUACUGCCACGGGGGCUAUGGCUAUCUCCUGUCUCGCAGUCUGCUGGCCCGUCUGCAACCCCAUCUUGACACUUGCCGUAAUGACAUCCUCAGUGUGAGACCUGAUGAGUGGCUGGGCCGCUGCAUUAUUGACUACCUUGGUCUCAGCUGUGUGGAGGUGCAUCAGGAUAUGACCUAUCGUUACUUUGAGCUCGGGAAAAAUGCAGAUCCAGAGCGUGAAGAUAGCAUGCAGUUUAAAAAUGCCUUCACAGUCCACCCUAUAUCGGACCCAAAUCUCAUGUACCGUCUGCACAAACGCUUCAGCCAGAUUGAGUUGGAAUGGACUUACCAACAGAUUCAACAGCUGCAGAUGCAGAUAAACAACCUAAGUGACCUGACACCUGAGGGUAAGGCUGGAGUCACGUGGCCUAUUGGAAUCAACCCUCCCUUCAAGCCGAGAACCCGUUUUGAGGUUAUAAACUGGGAGUAUUUCACUGAAGAGCAUGUAUAUUCGUGCAUUGACAACUCCCCCAAGUGUGAGAUGAGAGGGGCCGACCGCGCUGAUGUAAACGCAGUUCUGGAGAUUGCGGUGGAACGUCUUAAUGAACGCUACCAGCCCCAGCUGCGCUUCCGCAAGCGUCGUCUGCUUAACGGUUACCGCCGCUUUGAUCCCACGCGUGGUAUGGAGUAUGUGUUGGACCUUGCGCUGGAGGCCUAUACCCAGAAAGACCACAGUCAAGUCAUUGCCAAACGGGUAAACUUACUGCGACCUCUAAGCGCCGUUGAGAUUAUCCCCAUGCCCUAUGUGACGGAGGCAACACGGGUGCAGGUCAUCCUACCUGUCACUGCCCAGGAUCAGGACUAUGUUAGUAACUUCCUCGACAUGUAUGUGAUGAACACUUUGGACACCCAUGACAAUGUUUUACUCACAUUCCUGUUCAUCUAUGAUCCAUUUGACGCGCAGCGAGUCAGUCAGACUGAUGUGUUUGCUGGCAUUAAGGCCAUGAUUGGGGAGGUGGAGAAGCGCUAUGGGGAUGUGAAGAUUCCCUGGAUCAGCGUGAAGACAGAGGUGCCCUCGCAGGUCAAGCUGAUGGACAUUAUCUCUAAGAAGCAUCCAGUUGAUACGCUGUUUUUCCUGGCCAGCGUGUGGACCGAGGUCAAUGCUGACUUCCUGAACCGCUGCAGAAUGAACGCAAUCAGCAACUGGCAGGUCUUCUUCCCCAUCCACUUCCAAGAGUACAGUCCUGCCGUCCUCUAUCGUGACCAGCAGCCCUCUGCGGCCUCCUCCUCCUUCGCUUCAGAGUCACUGCGAGACGGACACUUUGACCGCCACGUCUUUGACGAGGCUUGCUUUUACAAUGCCGACUACAUGGCCGCACGGACCAAGAUGGCUGCUGACAUCUUGGACAACGAGGAGCUGCUGGAAAGCAUGGACGUGUAUGACAUAUUUGUCCGUUACUCGGGGCUACACGUGUUCAGAGCUGUAGAGCCAGCGCUGAUUCAGAAAUAUGUGCGGCGAACAUGCAACCCGCGAUUCAGUGAGGAUAUCUAUCACCGUUGUGUCCUCAGCAACUUGGAGGGUCUGGGGUCACGCUCGCAUCUCGCCAUGGCUCUUUUUGAACAAGAGCAGGCCAACAGCACCUAGAGGUCUGGACUUCUUGAGAGUGUUGGGGCCUCAAACACACUGCCUGGACUACAGGACACUCAUGCAGAAUAAUGUGAAUUGUAAUAUGGUACCUUUAUUAUUCACACAUGGAAAUUCUCACCUUUGUGUGUGGCAGAAAAAAAGACCAGAUCAGUUGAACAAUAGCACUGUAUCACUCAUGGACCCUUUGGCCAAACAAACAUCUGCUGAUGCAUAAGUUCCUAGUUGUGUUCUCCAGCUGAAAAUCUCUCUGCUCGGUAUUUAUGAAUACAUCUGGCUUAUGGGGUUAUAACUUUGAGUCUGUCAUGUCUAGACGAAUUAUGAGUCAUGGAGGUGUCUUCUCACACAGCUCCCUGAAUCCGAUCUAUCUGUAUUCUGCCAUUAAUGUAUUUUCACAGGAGUUGAGCAAGACUAUUUAUCCUCCAAUUUACAAAAAAAAAAAAAAAAUGUAGGAGGUUUUGUCUUGAAAUAAUAAAUGCACAAAGGCCUUCGUUGUUAAUGAUUAAUUGAGUAAAAAUUUGAGCCAUACGUCUUCUUUGUGAAGAUGAAGACGUUUAAAAUAGUACUGGAAACAAACUGAAGCCGCUGGCUGCCUUUUCUUUAAUAUCUGUUCUUUUUUAAGACAUAUUAAAGAGUGAUAUUUCUGCUCAGA